UUUGGGUGAACUAUCCCUUUAAAAUGUGACGGGUCUUUAGCUCCAAAUCAUUUGUAAUGUUGAACAAUUUCAGGCUCCGAUUUUGAAAAUCUCUUCUUGUUCUGGGUAAUUUAUUUAUAAUGAUUGCAUACAAACAGUCACAUGUAAUGUCCAAGCAAAAUGAUGCAAAAUAACUAAUUCACUUUAAAACAUGUCUUCAAAAACAUUUCUGUCCAUGUAACUCAAGCUGCGAUAUUUUGAAACGCUUAACUGACAACACCCACAGUACUUGUAUUUAACGCUGCCAUUGAAAUGACUGAACAGGGUGUUGUUCACAACACCAGCAAACAAUAAGUGAUCAUAAAGAGCAUUGAAUCAGAUAUACAUGACACUGAGGGACUUCAGCUUUGUCAGGUAUUAGGUCAGUGCCUCUUAUACUGUGGGAUAAACAUACAAUUAGUUGUUUCACAGGCCCACAAAAGCACUGGACAUGGAUAUGGUGUCAUUAUAAAAGCUCUAAGAGAAGAGAAAUCAGCAGUUGGAGGUCAUUCAAGGCUUGGAAGGUGAGGAAUUAUCACUGGCUUUCACAAUAUUUACUUGUGUUUUGGAUGCUCUUUUCUUGUUAAAGCGCUGGAAGAAUGGCUCAAUUAUUGUGGGUAUUUCUUGUGCUCGCUGUAUUGGUCAGAGAUACAUUACCACAAAGGAUCAUUGGGGGUCAAGAGGUCGUGCCUUACUCCAUCAAGUACCAGGUGUCUCUUCAGGUUGACAGGAAGCAUUACUGCGGAGGAACCCUCAUUCAGCCCCAGUGGGUGGUGACUGCUGCCCACUGCUGGAGACCGGCAAGCGUGAUUCAGGUGGUGCUGAGUGAGCACAAUCUCAUGGUAGAAGAGGGAUUUGAGCAAAUACAUAAUGUCUCCAGAGUCUACAGUCAUUUUGCCUACAAUCCAAAAACUUUUAACAAUGACAUCUUGCUCAUUAAGCUUAGUGCUCCAGCUUCACUUAAUGCUAAUGUUCAGCCGGCCCCACUGCCAACCCCAGACAGUGAUUUAGUUGGACCGUGCACCGUGAGCGGAUGGGGAGUGACACGACUGUACAGCUUCUAUCUGUCACCGGUUCUGCGCGCAGUAGAUGUGGAGAUCAUCCCCAACUGCCAGUACUACUACUACUACAGAGUCAACGACAACAUGAUCUGUGCAGGCUCACGCUUCGGGGGGAAAGACUCUUGCCAGGGAGAUUCCGGCGGCCCUCUCAUUUGUGAUGGGAGUUUAGAAGGCAUUGUUUCAUGGGGAAUCGGCUGUGCUCUUCCAUACUAUCCUGGUGUGUACACAAAAGUCAGGAACUACAACCGCUGGAUCGACUGGAUCAUCACCUCUGAAAGCUAAAAUACAUGUUCAGCAGAAUGUGGGAAGAAUUAAGAAAAGGAUGUAAUUUAACAGUAAAUCCUACUUCAAGUACUGAUCCAUUUAAAUGAAUGAAUCCAGAAGUUUAUAGAGUAACAUGCAUAUUUUGGACUUUUAAAGUGAAACAAAUUAACUUUAUGUUGUCUUUUACAGAAUGUUAUGGCACUUUUUCAUUUAUAUUUCUGUUUUAAAGUAACACAACUGACUGAAUUUCUCAUUUCGCUUUUGAUCUAAAAGCUUUUAUGUUAUGUAGGCAAAUAUAAGCUGACUAUAUAUGAACUUCUUUACAAAACUUGUACCUCUACUUCAGUACAAUUUAAAAAGCAUCUCAAUGAUGCACCUCAAGAGAAAAUGUCCAGGAAGAAAUUGAGCUGUCAGUGAGACUGAUGGAACUGUCACAGUCAUGUUUUUAAAUGCAUAAAAUUUACAACGAGCUCUUACUUGUGUCUUUAUUGCGGUCAUUUCCACACGAAUGUCUGAACUCUGGACUGAGUAAACAGGAUCAUUUUUACUCAUCUGUCUCGUUACCAUCUGUUCAUUACCUCUAUUAAAUAUUUUCUAGUAUGAGAAUAAAUGGUUAAACCACA